GCGGGGCUGGGCGGGCCGCAGGAGGGGCACUUCCGCCCGGCGCGCGGGCGCCCGCCUCCCGCGCGGCAGGUCCCAGGUGCAUACACCUUCACCAGGUGUUGGGACGAUGGCAGCCCUAGGGGACCUUGAGGAAUCCCUACCUGUCCCAUCCCCCACCAGCCUCUCGUCACCUGGAACACCUGAAGCCCAGCACCACGAAGCACAGCUUCAUCUCCGUAGGCAUCCACACGGCUCACCUUAUUCCAGCCCUGAGGUGUGCUCCCAGCCAUCAGACCUGGACCUCCAGGAUGUAGAGGAGGUGGAGAUCGGCAGAGACACGUGGCCUGACUCUGAGUUGGAGCCUGAGCAGGCUCCAUCCUCUCAUCACCUGCAUGGUCCAGAAGACAGGGUAGACCCAGAUGACAAAGUGCUUAGGGGUCUCCUGAGGAGCCACCGCCACAUGCCCAAUUGUGGGAGCAGCUUUGGGCAGGAUUCCAGCUUGGAGCCCGCAGGGGCCCUGCCCUGCCCUCCGCAGAGGGGCACCUGCCAUGUAGUACUCCUGCCACAGGGCGCCCCAGGAACCGAGGGUGCCCCUGGCCGGGCUACAGAGCUGGGGGACAGCUUGGGCCGUGGCCCCCACCAGCUCGCCCUGAGGGGCACCAAGCCACAUCGCUGCGAGGCCUGCGGCAAGAGCUUCAAGUACAACUCCCUGCUCCUGAAGCACCAGCGCAUCCACACAGGCGAGAAGCCCUACGCCUGCCAUGAGUGCGGCAAGCGCUUUCGCGGCUGGUCUGGGUUCAUCCAGCACCAUCGCAUCCACACAGGCGAGAAGCCCUACGAGUGUGGCCAGUGUGGCCGUGCCUUCAGCCACAGCUCGCACUUCACACAGCACCUGCGAAUCCACAACGGUGAGAAGCCCUACAAAUGCGGCGAGUGCGGCCAGGCUUUCAGCCAGAGUUCCAACCUGGUGCGCCACCAGCGGCUGCACACGGGCGAAAAGCCGUAUGCGUGCAGCCAGUGCGGCAAAGCCUUCAUCUGGAGCUCCGUGCUCAUCGAGCACCAGCGCAUCCACACGGGCGAGAAGCCCUAUGAGUGCGAGGACUGCGGCAAGGCCUUCCGCGGCCGCUCGCACUUCUUCCGUCACCUGCGGACCCACACGGGCGAGAAGCCCUUCACUUGCGGAACCUGCGGCAAAGCCUUUGGCCAGAGUUCACAGCUCAUCCAGCACCAGCGUGUGCACUACCGCGAGUAGCCAUGGCCCCAAUAAAGUCUCUGGGUGGAAAAGGAGCCGGCUGCUGCUGAGCACGACUUCCAAGCCCUGCAGGCCACUGCAGGAGGAUUUCUCAAUCCCGGGGUGGAAGGUGGAAGGCAGUGAGAGGACCCCAAGGCCAGGAGCAGCGCUGGCAGCCAGGGUAGUCAGGCCUGCCCAGAUCAGAGAGGCUGCAGUAUGGUGAUUUCAGGGGGCCACUUGGAGCAGUGAAUGAGGACAGGACUGGCCUGCUUAGAGGUGCCCACAUUCUUCUGGGCCAAAUCUGCAGCCUGGCCAGACUUCCUGGCCACAGUCGCCAUGGGGGUCUCUAAGAACUGGGCUCCUUGACACAGCUGCUGCUUCCUCCUAAGUACAGCACAUUCUGCCCCAAUUGCCCUCAGAUCUGUUUGCUCUCUCCCCCUGGCUGAGCAGCAGCAAGAUCAGCAGGCUUCUGUGGGAGGCUCCCCCAUCUAGUGUUCUCCAUGGCCUGAGGGCACCUGCUCUGGGAAGCUGGGGUCCUGAGCUCAGGACUGCAUAGGGAUCACAGCGCUAGCUUGCCAUGGAUCUGCUCUGGGAGUGCUACAGGUAGCUCUGGCUCUCAGCCCCUGAGAAGGGAACAGCUCACCUAGGUGAGGAAAGUGAGUAUUAAGCAGUGGGGGGAGUCACAGCACCCUCCCUGUUCCAGCACCUCUAGUCAGCUGGAGGGCUGCCUGGCUGCUUUCCAGGUCUCCAAGUCUGACUGCCCCUAUCCUGUGAAGGACUAUGAGGUUACUACUACUGGACAGGAUUGGUUUGCAGCAGGGUCAUCAGCCCCAAGCAAGUUGUUUUCCAAAGAAGCAGCUACUGCCACCUGCUGUGUCCCUUAAUAACACAUGGGAUGGACUCCGUGAGGACCCUCAGUGGGUGCCCAGGCAGGACUCAGUUGGCAGUGACUAGACCUGACAGGUGACCGUGAAGCACCUGCUAAGAGAGCCCAGUUAUGCUGGUGCUGCUCCAAGACCCCCAGCCACUAGUACACACCAGGAGAGGCUUCCCAGAGAAGAGGUUGCCAGCAGGCAAGGUAGCUCCUCUGUACUGAGUUCAAACCCUCAGCAAAGUCUCUGUGUUCUUUCUUAUUGGCAGGACCCACCAAGAUGGUACCUGUUGUCUUCCCCAUGUGCUUGGCUCCUUCCCAGGGGCCAGCUUCUGUAGGAUUCUCCAGUAUUCCACCCAGUCCACUAGGUCCUUUCCAGGAGCUCCGAACAGCCUGACAGAAUCCAUACAUGGACUCCUAUGGACUUUCUUUUCCUUGUUUUGUCCACCUGGGCUUGUCAGCCUCUGGCCAAAUAGGACACUUCAUAUCAACCCCCAAGUCCCCAAGAGCAGGGCAUUGCAGUUGUACCAUGCUCCUCCUGGCAAGGCAUGCCCAUCCUCCCUCAUUACUUUACACUGCACGAAGCAUCCUACAAUGCCAGCCCCAGGCUGGCUCUGCAUUGCCAUCUCAAAUGUCACUAGCUGCAUAACUACAGUCUGACCCCACAGGUUAGGUUCUUGAUUUUCAGCCUUUCUUCCCCAAUGACCAUGGCCUUGGUAAAGAUGAGUGGUCUCCAGAAGCCAAAAAUUGGCUCAACAUUUGCCUAAUCUGGCAUUUGUUCCUCAUGAAGCCUCUUUCCAUCUCCGGAAAAGGGAUGACACAGGCCCUAUUGGUCAGGAUGUAAUAGUUGGAAAGGUGGCCAGUUCCAUGGAAAGAGUAAUUGGAAUGACUCGGUCCACAGCCCAAGAAGUGGAAGAAAAUAUCCUGUACCUUAUCAGAAGGUCACCUGUGGCUAGGUGACCACAACAAAGGAGAAAGACUACUGAGAGGAGUGGCUUGGGACCAGGAAGGGGGCGCGUGCAAAUUUGUAAAACAGGAAAUUACCAUUUGUAACAACAUAUGCAUUUGGCUGCAGAGGAAAAGAAACUUUACAAGGCACUGUGCCCUGAACUCUAGGGCCUUCAAGAAAGGGGUCUUUUGAGGCAGCCUCCAGAGACUAAAGGGAAGUCUGUGAGCUACCUGAACCUUGAUCAGAGUGCUGUAGAACAACCCAAUGCUAAGGUGUGAGGAGACAGUGACAGAGAAAAGGUAGAUGGGUCCUGGAUCGCACAGCAUAUAGUUGCUUGGCAACUUAGGUGAGUGGUCUUAAGCAGCAAGUGCAGAGGAACUGCACAGCGUAGGUCAGAAAGACGCAUAUUUAUGAGUUAAGAUGAAGGUUAUUUUGUCUGGAGUGUACCUGAUUUAGUUUAAUAUCAAAGUCAGGUACAUCCUUGGAGCUAGGACCUAGCUGUCACCAAAUGUAAUAGGUUCACCCUUUGGUGAGUAUAAAACCAAUAAACAUGACCAAGAGAUAAAAGAAUGGAGAAAAACUUAUUACAACAGGGCCGGCGAGAUAGCUCAGUGGAC